AUGAAGGCCACGCUCGCUAUCUUGUUGCCCUUGGCUGGGUCCUCCCUAGCGGUGCCAUCCGUCUCUCCUCGCGAUCAAGUCAGCCAGAUGGCAUCCUGCAGGAAGAAGUACGCAUGUGACGCGAAAGGAUGCGAGUCCCAAGAGAGAGAUGCAACUCAAUGCUAUCGCAAUGUUCUCCUCAACGUCACGUCGUGUGUGGUCGACGUUAAGUCCACCAACACAGCUGAUAAUGUUCAGCAACAAUGUAGCGCUAAUGCCGUCUCAAGCGCCGCGGCCUGCUUUGACGGUGAAGAAGGCGAGGCCAAAAACAAGUACUCUCAAGCGCUGAAAACUUGUGUUCAUCAAAGCUAUACACAGUAUAUUGCCUGCUCUGACGUCGGAACUAUCCCCCCGGAGGCGCCAUCGACAACUGCCAAACCCACGGAUACUACACACACCGAUUCUGAUGAAAACCCUGUCAAUACUCCUCAAAACUCUAGUGUCCCUACAGAGCCUGACGAUGAUUCCAGCACCUCUGCAAACCCGGCUGUCCCCACAGAGUCUGUCGACGUUAAUACCCCCGGGAUCAACAAUGUUCCCAAGGCCCCUGAGAUUCCCCCAAUGAUCCCAGAUCAUCAGGAUGGGAACCAGAACAAGAACAAGAUAGAGUGGAAGACCCCUAUCUUAAAGAAGACCUGGGAAGACAAGUGCGAGAACAAGUAUCUCGACGCCUUUCAGGAAGAUUGUACAAAAGGGGCGACGGAUGCGUGCCAAGAACGGCCUAUAAAUAUCGCUGCAACAUGCAUCUUCACAAGGUUGAACUACCAUUCCUAUUGUGAGGCAAUUGCUAUUGAGGGCGCGGUCCUCUGCACUGAGUACGCUAUAUUCAAGGGCCAAAGCACUCGAAUGUUUGCAUCCUGUAUAGAGAAAUACUACCCACUUGCCAACGAAUGCGAAAAGGACCCAGGAAGCUUCGAAGAAUCCUCACGCUCACCAAAUAAGCCUGGGGAGGACGACAAUAUGAAGCCAAGCGAGCAAGACAUGCAAUUAAAAGAGGCCUGGGACGAAACCUGCAACAAGAAGCAUGUUGAUGAAUUUGAAAAUUGCCGCUCCCUUGAAAAGGGCUUAGACUGCUACAAUAAUUCUAUGCGUUCUACGGUAGAAUGCAUAGCGGACAAAGUUAAGCCAACUGACGUAAAUGAUUCAAAGCAUACGCAGUGCAAGAACAACUCGGUAUCUAAUAUAGUAGACUGCAAGGAAAAGACUGAAAAGGAGUACCAAGGUAAGAUGGCAGUCAGUGGCAACUAUGCCUUCAGGUCUUGUCUUUAUAAGGAGGGAAAGGCUUACCUUGAGUGCACUGAAAAGGCUUGA